AACAAAUUCGCCGUGAAGAGGACUUGCUCGUUUUUUUCCAUAACAAGAAAGUUAGAGAGGAUAGGAGGGGAUGGAGGAGCAUUUUAACUCCUCAAUCCCCUCUAACCCUUUGGGUUUCGAAUAAAACGAGAAAUCAUACUCAUCGAAUUUCGGGCAUGUUUGUUUUCUGCGACAAUCCAUCGCGUGCGACUGCGAUAAGCGAAGGGUGUCUCUCGAAUGCUGUGUUCGUGAUUUCCCACCACGCAGUUCAUUUUUUUUUCACGUACUAUCCAGUUCUGUGGGCGGCCAUCCCAGCGGACACGCAUUCGACGCGAGGCGUUCGGCGGUCUUUUCUCGCGACGCGAUCGCGAGAAACAAACAGCCAUUUAGCUGACAGAGUCCGGUGGUGCGACCCGAUCGAAGCCGAAGUGACCGUGCGCGCCCAGCAGGCCGUCCCGUUCCUACCAAAACGACGCGAGCCCGCGCCUCCCGUCCUAGCUCCGAGCCCUUCGCCUCCCCGUCCGUCCGUCCGUCCGCCGCGCGCUAAACUUGGGGAGUUUGCCUAGCUGGCAGGUUUGCCGGUCGGUGAUCGCGUGGCCCGUGCAGUGGGGACGCGGCGGAGGACGACGGCGGGGCGGCAUGGGUUCCGGGACGUGGCGCAAGGCCUACGGCGCGCUCAAGGACUCCACCAGGGUCGGCCUCGCCAACUUCAACAGCGAGUACAAGGAUCUGGACAUCGCCAUUGUGAAGGCGACGAACCACGUGGAGUGCCCGCCCAAGGAGCGCCACUUCAGGAGGAUACUCUACGCGACCUCGGGGCAUCGCCCGCGAGCCGACGUCGCCUACUCGAUAUGCGCGCUGGCGAGGAGGUUGUCCAAGACCAAGAACUGGAUAGUCGCACUGAAAACGUUGAUAGUGAUACACAGACUGCUCAGAGAAGGUGAUGGCACAUUCAAGGAGGAUUUCCUCACCUAUUCAUUCAGAGGGAACAUUCUGCAGAUCCCACUGUUCAAGGAUGACUCCAGCCCACUAGCUUGGGACUGCUCCGCUUGGGUUCGCACGUACGCGCUCUACCUGGACGAACGGGUCGAGUGCUUCAGGGUUCUCAAGUACGACGUCGAAUUAGAUCGUCUGCUCAAGUUACCCCAGGCUUCUGGCAAGGCACACAGCAGGACAAGAACCCUGCCGCUCGGGGAACUUUUGGAUCAGUUGCCAGCAUUGCAGAAACUGCUUCUCAGGCUUAUUUCCUGCCAGCCUGAAGGUGCGGCCUGCACAAAUUACCUUGUACAAUAUGCGUUAGCUCUUGUUUUGAAGGAAAGUUUCAAAAUAUACUGUUCAAUCAAUGAUGGCAUCAUCAAUCUUGUUGAUAUGUAUUUUGAGAUGCCAAAAUAUGAUGCAAUCAAGGCCCUUGAAAUUUAUAAACGAGCUGGUCAGCAGGCAGAAAAACUUUCUAAUUUCUAUGACCACUGCAAACAUCUUGAGCUGGCCAGGACUUUCCAGUUUCCCACUCUGAGGCAGCCGCCGCCUUCAUUUCUUGUGACAAUGGAAGAGUAUAUCAGAGAAGCACCCCGUGCCGAUACUGAGAGUAAGAGUUCGGAAAACCAUGAAGAGAAUCAACCUAGUGAUAAUGAAGAAGCAGCUCCACAGGAAGCCGAGAAACCAGUGGAAGAUGAAAAACAAGAAUCUGCAGAGCCUGAAACAGAGCCACAACCUGCUGCUGGGCCUCCGGAAGAACCAGUGGAACCUCAGCCACGGGCGACUACUGGGGAUCUAUUAGUAUUUCCUCUAUGUUUCAAGGAGAAUCUACACUACAGCUCAAUACCUGCUUCUUCAAAGCCUCAUGUUUUACUAAUAUAUGAAUUGCAGAACUUGGAUGAAGAAGUAAACCCCAUGAUUGCAGACCUUGAAGAAAGCAAUGCACUGGCUCUUGCUAUUGUGGCACCAGGUAAUGAAAACAAGAUGUCAAAUUCUCGAGACUUGUUUGCCCUUGACAAGGCUGGAUGGGAAUUGGCUCUGGUUACUGCACCAAGUAACCACACAAAUCAACAAGUGGACAAUCAAUUGGCUGGGGGAUUUGACAAGCUAUUGCUAGACAGUCUUUACGAAGACGAGGCAAGGAGACAGCAAAUAGCCAGUGUGACCUACACUGGAAGUCUUGCAGCAAACCCGUUUGCCACCAGUGAUCCAUUUGCCACGUCAAACAGCUUUGCGCCACCGUCAAAUGUGCAGUUAGCUAUGAUGGCAGAGCAGCAGCAAUAUUACCAGGCACAGCAGCAGCAGUACUAUCAGGUACCGCAGCAGCAGCAGCAGCAGCAGCAGAUGACGAUGUUGCCGCCCCAAACAUAUCAGCAGCAGUCUCAGUAUUCUGCCCCUUCUUCUCAAUCUGGAUUAUCCAAUCCUUUUGGUGAUCCAUUCAGUAGCCUUGUCACGAUGGCUAAUCCACCGAAGCAAAGCAAUUCAAAUUUAGUCUGAAUUGCAUAUUUUGUUUCUACCGCUCCCGCUAAUUUUUAUCAUACACAACUUUGACAAUUCUGAGGAGCAACUUGUAUAGUUCAAAAACUUUGAAUACUGUAUCUUGAUGGUACAUUGUACUACAGUAGUGCUCACAUUUGGAAAGUACUCCCUCCGUUCCGAUUUAUAGGCCGUUUUGGCAUUUUUAGA